GAUCAGUGACGGUUUAAUACAAAUUUAUUAAAAUACGAAAUGUUAAUGGCAUAACAGUAUAAUCUAAAAUAACUACAGUUAAUAAAUUAUGGAAUUGUUUAAAGGAUUUAAAGUUACACAUUUUCUAGUUCUGUUUCUGUUUUUAGCUGUGACGUGCACCAGCACGGAUUCGUCGCGAAUUGUUGGUGGUCACGAUGUGUCUCCUGGCGAAUAUGUUCCCUAUCAGGUAUCGCUACAGUAUUUUACAAGAAAAAAGAAGUACCAACACUUCUGCGGUGGUUCAAUAAUAACACCUAAUCGCAUUCUAACAGCCGCUCAUUGUUGCAAAGAUUUCGAUGUGAAAUUAAUGACGGUGCUGGCUGGGGUGCGCGAUCUUAAUGACUCAGAAGGUGUACGUGUACAAGUUUCAUCCUAUGAUAUUCACGAUAACUACGAGGAGCUCGUUACCAGUGAUAUAGCUAUUAUGACACUUGUGGAAUCACUGAAGUUGGAUGGCAUUCGAAUGGCAGCUAUUGAGGUGCGUGGAACUGAUUAUGUGGGCGGAGGCAUACCUGUCACCUUGACUGGUUGGGGUCUACGGUUGCCCAUUCCCUUACCUUUUCUGCCACCGGAGUUGGACAAUAUAAAUUACCCAACCAUAUUGCAAACGGUGACCUACCACACCAUUACCAACGAGGAAUGCACAAAUAGUGGAAUGGACGAUCUCACAGCAACGGAAAUUUGCGCACGCGGCGCUAUACUUACGGGUGCUUGUUCAGGUGACUCUGGUGGACCACUAGUGAUGAGAACAAGUUCCGGUUUGCAUCAAGUCGGUGUUGUCUCUUACGGGCUGUUUGUUUGCGGAGUCUUCACUGUCAUUCCGGAUGUGUACACUAGGGUAUCCAUAUUUGAUGACUGGAUACAGGCGCGUAUGCUUUAACUAGGCUUUAGUCUUAGGCAUAAAUACAUAUGUACAUAUUAUAAAAAA